GCGCUUCAGUUGAUCAGUCUGCUCAGGAAACUUCUGCUGGAGAAAGUACUGGAGUCCAAAUCCUGAAGAGGAGAGAGAUUUUGUGCAGAGUAUCCCUUCUCCUGCAGAGGACAACACCUUGGAGAAGAAAAAAAAGCACAUAUUUGACUUUUUUUGCAGGGUGCACUGCAGAGCUUGUAAUUAAUGUUUUUGAAACAGAUAGCAACACUCUUCUUGGAUAAAGACUCUUGGCUUUAGCUUUUUUUUUUAAAUCGGAUUAUCUGACAGAGGCAUUGUGCUCAUUAGUCUACUUUUCCCCCAUCCUCUUCGCAUUUGAGGUUUUAUGCUAAAACUGAAGAACAAUGUUUCUUAGUUUCUGUCUCUUGGUGACAUUUAUCUUGGGGCUGUCCGGGUGCUUGGGCUCAUACGUGCCGUGCGAGCCGUGUGACCAGAAGGCGCUGUCCAUGUGCCCUCCGGUGCCCGUCGGCUGCCAGCUGGUGAAGGAGCCGGGCUGCGGCUGCUGCCUCACAUGCGCCCUGUCUGAGGGGCAGGCGUGCGGCGUGUACACCGGGACGUGCACUCAGGGGCUCCGCUGCCUGCCCAGGAGCGGGGAGGAGAAGCCCCUGCACGCGCUGCUCCACGGCAGGGGAGUGUGCACCAACGAGAAAGGAUACAAACCUUCGCACCCGCCCAUAGAUCGUGAGUCUCGGGAGCAUGAGGACACCAUUACCACAGAGAUUACAGAGGAGCUGCAUUCUGCUAAAGUGCCACUCCUUCCCAAAGACAUUGUGAACAGCAAAAAAGUCCUCGCGCUGCGCAAGGAGCAGAGGAGGAAGCUCGGCAAGCAGCGCUCCAUUGGCUCCCCCAUGGACUACUCCCCUCUGCCCAUUGACAAGCAUGAGCCUGAAUUUGGUCCAUGCCGGAGAAAACUGGAUGGGAUCAUUCAGGGAAUGAAGGACACUUCUCGUGUAAUGGCCCUGUCUUUGUACCUUCCCAACUGUGACAGAAAAGGUUUCUUCAAGCGCAAGCAGUGCAAGCCAUCCCGCGGACGCAAACGAGGCAUCUGCUGGUGUGUGGACAAGUACGGCGUUCAGCUCCCCGGCACAGACUACAGCGGCGGAGACAUUCAAUGUAAAGACCUGGAGAACAGCAACAACAACAACAACGAGUGAAAAGGGGAGGACCACCCUUGACCCCCACCCCCCCCGAACCCUAACCACCACGUGACCCAGGGCCCACGCCUCCCCUCUGUAUCACAUCUGUAUGCUCCGCCCUCCAUUCACAUCAAGAUUUUUUCAAGUUGAAAAAAAAAAAGGAAGAAAAAAAUCCAAACGAAAGAACAGGCUGAAAAAAAGACACCUGUAUUUGUUUUCUUUUAUAUAUUUGUGUUGACCAAGUACUCUUCUCUGAAUGAGCGGAACAGUCCCAGAAGAUUUACUCGAUCCCUUGAAUCUUGCCCAUGGGACCCCUUUGUCUGAGGCGGGUCCCCUGGUUGCAGAUCAAUGAAAAUAUAUGCACAUUACAGAAAUAUUUGUAUGGAAGCUGGGGGUUUCAAUACUUGUAUGAUGUAAAAUUAUCGCAAAAUCAUUGUGAAGAAAAAAAUGUAUCAGGCACAUUGGUUGAAAACAGAUCAGUUUUAGGUUGUGCAACAUGAUGCCACUGUGGAACUGAAAAUUGGCAGAGUAAUUGGGUUUUAUUUGAAAAGGAACAAAUAAUAGAUAGGGAUAUGCUGUAACAGUUGACUCUAUCUGGGUAUGUGGUUUUGUCAGAGCACUUAUGAAUAGGGGAACCUGCUUAGAUAUGUGUAACUUCACAAAAUGAUGCGUGCAUGAAUGCGUGGAUGUGUACAGUGCGUGCGUGUGGUAUGUAUCCGCCUGUGUUGGUGAAUGAUGGAGUGAGCCUACUAUGAAAAGAAAGUCCUUUUUUUUCUUUCUCUUUUGUUUGAUUUUGUCACAACAAGUAUUGCUAGCGCUUGAAGUGGUCUCGGGGCUGGCCUUCUCUUUAACCGAUGUAAAGUUUGUCUCGGGGACAGUGAUUGGUGGAAACAAAAGAGUAAAGCAGAUGGUCACAGAUGAACCUAUGUUAAGUGGCUCUUCGACAAUGUAGCUAGCCUGAUAUGCCAACUGUGCCUAUUGAAACAGACACUGCCAUGCAGGGCGACACAGAGCUCAGAGUCGGGCCAGUUGCUUCUCUGAUCCAGUUUUGUGAAGUGUAGUUUUGUAUGGUUUUUGUUUGUGCUGUUUUCUUUGCCUUCACUUUUGAGCCAUGUUCCUUAUCAAGUGGUUUCCUCUCAGUACUGCUUCUACAGUGUAACCAUGGUGUAUUACUUUUAAAUAUAGUUAUUGAAUGUUGUUUUUUUUCCUGUAGAAACAUAGUAUGACAACAAUGUAAUUGUGCUUGGAACAAAAAAUAUUUUAGCCUGUAAAGAAUUUGAAUAGGUCCUUGUAGCCUUGUCAGGAGAAUGACCCAGAGUCUUUAGACUACAGGGCGGUCAAACAAGCUAACACUCUGCAACCCUUUGCUAACAUGCUUCCAUGCUAAGGCUAUAUAUCUAAAGGGAGCAUGAUUUAAGUAGAAAGGUUACAGGUUAUAACAGGGUCAUUAAGUAGAGUUGUUCUCUCUCUGUGUGCAAGUCACAGUGCCUUCCUUCAUGCAAAUACAUUUAAAUAGUGACGUGAAAGUGACAUGGAUAUCAAACGGGGCAAUUUCCUCUUUAGGACAGCCAGCCUGUGCCAGGGCUGAUACAGCGAUCAAGAGGUCUAGGUUUUAGUUCUGGUUAGAAGAAGAACAAUGAAUGUCCUGUAAAUGGCGUCAGCAACACAUAGCAAAUCCAUUAGUAAUCUUUGUACCUCGGGGCAAUUCUGGAUAAGAAUGAUGUUUGGGGAGAUGCUGUGUUAGCACACUCAGUUAGCCUCCCUUAACUCUUUCUUUGACAACCAAUAAGCUAUGAUUCUUGCUUUUUUCAUGUAAAUGCCAAUGUAUAUGAUUGCCAGAGAGGGGAAGCCAAUGGAUGUUGAAUCAAGUAUUUCAGAAAUGCUAUGUACAUCCUCAAUGGCUUCCGGUUGUGAAUAUUUUAUCAAGGUUCUUUGCCCCACUUCCAACACCAAAUCCCCACUACCACUUUCGAAAAAAGAAAAAAAAAGCAGCUUGCACUUAUUUCAGUUACUCAUUAUUGAUAUUUACACACAACGACGUCCUUAGAUGUGGUAUCAUGAAGUUGGUGGAACGGAAAAAAAGUAAUACAAAAAUCAGCCACAAAAGCUAAAUGUUGGGUUAUCUUGUGCUUACCUUUUAAAGGUGGAGCUUCGAGGUGAUUUUUGUCGACAGGGGCUGUGCAGCCCAUGCCUGGGACCUCCAAUACAGCAACAUCCUUUAGGGAAAAUAGAUUUAAAGUAACACGCAGCUAGAGAUGUUCUCAUGGCCAAUUGCACAGAGAGUUGAGAUAAAAGAGACGGAGGGGAAAGGGAAGAAGAAGAGUGUGCGCCAUGGGCCUAGCCACUUCCCCAAUAUGGGGUCACCAAUUGCAUGACAUUAGAAACAGUUAGCAGGACAGUUGACAGGAACCACGGAGAUCUGGGGAAUACAAUACUUUAACUAGGAAAUAUCUGGGACCAUUCACUGUCCGGAUCAAUCAUCUGUGUGAAUACUUCAAUGUUCCAUGUGUUUCUUUAAUCUGUUGUUUGGAUUGCAGGUGGAGGUUCAGGCUUAAAAAAGUAUAAUAAUGACUUCCUGUUCCCCACGCCUGUUUGCGAGUAGUGACUUCCUCAGGUUUCUCCUACUUGGUUUAAACUCAUAUUUCAUACUUUUGUAGUACAGUAACAACAAUACAAAACAACUUUUUUCUGAGUACAUAACGCUUUCUGGAUGUAAUGGGUCAAUACAAUUGGUUUUCAUAAUUUGGUGAUCACUGGCUUGUGAAACGGACCCAUCGGUGGCAGGAGGACAGUGGGAAAUAAAAAUGGUCAGUAUUUGGAACUACAUAAAACGAAUAAGAAAAAAAAAAGAGGAAAAAUCUCAAAUUAUUAAAGUGAAUAUCACUGUGUAAUAUUUAUUCAACUUGUAAUUUAUGUACUCUUUUAACCUUUGUCUUUGUUAUGACAAAGCAUUUAUUUAAAUAAAGUUAUGUAUUCAUUUAAGAACUCUGGUGAGGUUUCUUAUUUCUGUUGGUGGCUUUUUUUCAAGACGGGCCACUGAAAUGGCUUGAAAAGUACAGUUUGGAGUACAAUUAUCCUGCUAGUAAGCACUGACUAAUCUCUGAGGCACGAGCUGAUAAACCUCUUAGACAUACGUCUGAGACACCCAGGCUAGCCCACAAGGAUCUCAUGCAGCAUGCAGGAUAUGACUUUAUAAAGCCUCGCCCGAGGGCAAGUCACCUGGUUUUCAACACCAUAGUCAGAAAAGAUUGCACAGGAACAAGGAAGUCAUUUAACAUGAGUUUGAACUUCAAGGGGGGGGGAUAACAUCUACUUGGACCAGCUCACUAUUCAAAUGACUAGGAAGAAGGGAUUUGUAGCCCUGGGGUUAAUUCAUCAUGUUAUGGAAAACCUUUAUUACAACUUAAAGGCAGAAUGGACUCCUCUGAGGCACGUCCAUUCAUAAAGACAUGCACUAAAGCCUAAAGUGAAUACAUAGACACAAGGUGUGGAGGCAGAAAAGCUGUAGAAUGUCUGGUAACAUAGCUAUUGAUGAUAUGGUCAGGCUAAGGUAAACUCACUCACAAAGCCAUAUGUUUGCAACAGUGCAUUAAGGCCAUUGUAGGCUUGGAGAAGAAUAAUUGCAGAUCUGGGGGAAGGGUUUCAUAUUUUUAUAAAAAUCUCACACAUUUUAGAGAAAACAAUGGUGGUGAAGUGUGUCUCCUUGAGAGAAAUACACAAAUGUUAUGACAUUGAUAUCAGAAAAGUUGUCGUUUUUACUUAUUUUAAUCUAUGAAAAUAUACAAGUUAUAAGAAUUGAAUUUAGACUCUGAAAGUUAUCCCCCGACCUUUGUUUCUUUAAAAAAGCACCAACAAAUGUAUUACUCUAUAUAUCUUUUUAAAAUAUUGUCCAAAUAUCCAUUUAAAAACAUGUUGCAUGUAAUGUACAAUAUACACAAAUGAUAUCUAUUUUAAAUUCCUUCAGCAUGCAUAGACACUCUAACCCUAAGGAUAACAUUUGGAAGGGAUCUAGGAAUCUUUGUGUGCAUCUCCACAGGGGGAUGUCAGGUCAUUUUUCAUUCCCGUAUGGAUUCCAGGAAGUGACAGAGUUGGACUUUUCUUUUUGGGGGGCCACUAAAGUCUUUCCCUGGGGAGCUCAGGACUUUGACCAACUCCAGAUGUGGGUGAGUGCAGCGGGCAUGAAAGGGUGGAGGGCCCGGCAGACCCUGAGCAGCGAGCAGAUCAAGGCUGCCGUAAAGGUUGUUGUGGUGUGCGUACAUGCAGAAGGGAGGGCACAGACUUUGACUUCGGGGGAGGAGGAAACAUGUGUAGAAGAUUUGAUUUGCGAGGCAGUGAACAUGACAAUUACUAUUUGCCUUCAAAGAAACUGACAACUGCACUUAGGACUUCAAAGCAUUUAUGCCCCUUUUAUUACAUAAUUAGGCCAACAACGUCGAAUGGCUCCAUCUGACAUCGACGUGUUUGCGCCAUGCGGACCUUAACUUUUCUCUCCCCUCAGAUUGUCUGUAAAUAUGUGAAUAAACAAAUGCUCAGUCUGUAAAAUCACAUGCA